UUGAGAGGUACAAAAAUGAAAGAUUUUAAUAUUUUAAAAAGCUUCUGCCAGAAAAUUUAUUUUGUCGGCUUUGGUAAUUUCUGGUACGAGGAGGACGUCGGAGAUGAUCGUAAAAUGAUUUAUCGGAUCUACAACGUACUUUUGUUCUUUAUUUAUGGAUCUAUGACGGUACUGGAAAUAUUUGCUGCUCUCUUGGGGGAUUUCCCUAAAGACGAGAAAGGUGACUGUGUGACUUUCGCGGUAAGUCACACGAUAGUAAUGAUAAAAAUGUUUUCCGUAAUCGGCAACAAGGAGCUUAUUCGUAAGUUAAAUUACGAUAUGGUGAGUGUCUGCGAAGAAUUCGAAGAAACAUCUUUGCAGAAAAAGAAGUAUUACAAUAUUAAAAUUAAUGUUAUUGCAUAUUUUGUAGCAGUCUACUUUUCAGCGGCUUGUUUUGUAUUUGAAGGAUUAAGAAAAGUUAAGGAAGGUUCUCACUUUGUAACAAUCGUAACAUAUUAUCCUUCUUUCGAAGAUGAUUCGAUUCCAGCGACCGUUUUUAGAAUUUACUGCACGAUUGUACUGUUCAUGAUGAUGUUGACAAUGAUUAUGUCGGUGGAUGCAUUUACAAUGGUCAAUCUUAUUAUAUUCAAAUAUAAAAUAAUAACAUUGAGAAGAUAUUUUGAAAAGAUAAGCGAAGAUUUCAAAGAAAUGCAUAAAAUUAAUCGUAGAUUGGCUGUUGAAAAUUUAGCAACUGGAUUAAUAAAAGGCUUUAAGGUCCACAAGGAACUUUUGAGAAUUUUGAAGGACAUUGAUAAAGGCUUUGGAUUUGUAAUCGCGUUACAGUUAUUUCAAAGUUCCGGUUCCGCUGUGUCUUUAUUGUUGCAAAUUGCUAUUUCUGAUGAUCUUACCUUCGUUGGAAAGUUGAAGAUAAUGUUUUUCGUCAUCGCCCUUUUUUUCCUUUUGGGUCUAUUUCUUUGCAAUGCUGGAGAAAUUACAUACCAGAGUGCUCUAUUGGCUGAUUCUAUUUUCUAUUGCGGCUGGCACGAGUGUCUUUGGGAAUACCAACUUAAAGGGAAGAAGAUAGGUCAAAUGGUGUUGAUAGCUUGCAUUCAAGCUCAAAAACCGCUCGUCCUCAAGGCCUUUAAGAUGAUUGAACUUACUUACGGGACUUUUUUAUUGGUCAUAAAAACAACUUAUUCAAUUUUUGCUUUGUUCAACGCACAAAGCGGAAAUACUUAA